AUGCACUGGGAGUGGCGUGGGUGUCCUUCCGCCUGGAAGAGUCAAUACCUUGGUCACACUAGAUCUGCUACGAUAAUCUUGGAAGUAGUAGCCUCGUACGACUUAUGGAUUUGGCAUGCAUUUUUCAGUAUGGCUGGUUCCCAUAAUGACAUUACUAUAUUACGACACUCUCAUAUUUUCGACGAUUUCAUAAGAGGUCGCACGCCAAAUGUACCAUUCAUUGUCAAUGGAUCCGUUUACCACACGCCCUAUUAUCUGACUGAUGGAAUUUAUCCGCAAUAUGCUGCACUAAUGCAAUCAAUCCCUCAUCCACACACACCAGUGGAACAAGUAUUUGCAAGAACACAUGAGAGUGUUCGAAAGGAUGUCGAGCGUGCCUUUGGUGUUCUACAAGCUAAAUGGGGCAUCACAAAGGGACCAGUUCGUUACUACAAGACUUCUUAG